AUGUCACGUGCAGAUGGUAUUUUUACCCCUUUACGAAAUGAAGAAAGGAGUGCGACUAUAUUACAAUAUUUUGAUGAUAAUCCAUCUGGCAGUGUACGAAGAGCUGGAGCAGGAUUAAAUAUUACGCCAAAUACAGGAAAAUUCUGUGGACAGAUGAAGCUACCUUCACAAGAAGAGGAAUCUUCACUCCACACUCUAGCUCCGCAUUUCUUGCCGCCUCGAAUCUAUGCGGCCACAUUUCUGGAAUUUCUUGAAGAUAUUCCACUACAACUGAGAGAAAGGGCAUGUGGCUUCAAUUAG